AUGCAGUCCGACGGCGGCCUCGUUCCUGCUGCAGAAUUAUCAGGCCUCCAUGCAAUCCUCUCCGGCCCUGCAGGCGGAGUUGUCGGUUUUGCACGCACGUCCUACGACCUGGACACUCAAGUCCCCGUCAUCGGCUUCGACAUGGGCGGGACCAGCACGGAUGUCAGUCGCUAUGACGGGCAAUUCGAUCACAUUUUCGAGACUACGACAGCUGGUAUACCCAUCCAGGCACCGCAGCUGAAUGUCAACACCAUUGCGGCCGGCGGUGGGAGUAUAUUAGCAUGGCGCGACUCACUCAUGGCUGUUGGACCUGAGAGUGCCUCGUCGCAUCCCGGUCCAGCGUGUUAUCGCAAGGGAGGGCCGCUGACAGUUACGGAUGCCAACUUGGCUCUGGGCCGGCUCAUUCCCGAACACUUUCCUUCCGUGUUUGGGCCUAAUGAGGAUGAGCCGCUCGAUACCGAGAUUGUGCUGGCCAAGUUUAAAGAGUUGACCAAGGUUAUUAACCGGGAUACGGGCAAGUCGUUGGCCUGGUAUGAGGUUGCAGAUGGGUUUCUUCAGGUCGCCAAUUCCGCCAUGUGCGGACCCAUCCGGAGCCUUACAGAAGGACGCGGCCACGACGCAGCAAAACACCACCUUGCAUCCUUUGGCGGUGCCGGUGGACAACACGCCUGCGCCAUCGCCGAGGCUUUAGGAAUCCGACGUGUCUUGAUCCACAGGUACUCCUCCAUCCUCUCGGCAUACGGUAUUGGACUGGCCGACAUCGUCCACGAAGAGGAAAGACCAUGCGCCAAAGUGUACUCCGAGUCUAACAAGCAUGUCAUCGAAGCCGACCUAGAGAAAUUGUCCCAGACGGCACAGAACCACUCCUCGAUGGAACGGUUCUCGUGCGUCGAGGGACACAAAUACCUCUCCAUGCGGUACGACGGUAGUGAGACCGCGAUGAUGAUCGCCGUUAAUGACGGCGCCGAUGCAAAGCAAGCUUUUGUCGACGCCCACCACCAGCAAUUCGGUUUCACCCCCGUCAACCGCGACAUUAUCAUCGACAGCAUCCGCGUUCGCGCCGUCGGGAAGAACCUCUUUGGCGCGGAACGCCCAGAAUCCCUAAAGGAUAUCCAAAACAUCAGCAAAGCCCCAGCACCAAGCCCAGCCUCCACGAAGCGAGUCUACUUCAACACAUUAGGCUGGGUCGAGGCCCCCGUCUACCUCCUUCCGUCCCUCUCCUCCGGCGCAACCAUCUUAGGUCCAGCCCUCGUCGUGGACAACACACAAACAAUUGUAAUUAGCCCGAAAUGCACCGCAACAGCAACAAAAGACAUACUCAUCCUCGAAAUCGGAUCAGAGACCAAAUCAGUCAGCGCUACUGUGAUUGACCCCGUGCAGCUCUCCGUCUUCCGGCACAGAUUUUACGGCAUCGCAGAGCAGAUGGGCCGUGUCUUGCAGAACGUCAGUGUCAGCGCUAAUAUCAAGGAGCGUCUUGACUUUAGCUGUGCGAUCUUCUCGCCAGAUGGGUCACUCGUUGCGAAUGCGCCGCAUGUGCCGGCCAUGAUUGGCAGUAUGGGGUUUGCGGUUAAGAGUCAGAUUGAGCGGUGGAAGGGGAAGUUGAGAGAUGGAGAUGCGUUACUUUCGAAUUCACCUGCCUUUGGUGGAGUCCACCUCCCAGACUUGACGGUAAUAACGCCAGUCUUUGACGCGCAAGGCAAAGAUAUUAUCUUUUGGACAGCUUCGCGCGGCCACCAUGCUGAUGUCGGUGGAAUCCUCCCAGGAUCCAUGCCCCCAUCCUCGAAAAACCUCUGGGAAGAAGGCGCGUUGUUCGAAUCCUUCCUGCUCGUGCGCGAUGGCCAGUUCGCAGAGGGCGAGCUGCAGCAUAUUCUCUGCGACGAGCCAGCGAAAUACCCCGGCUCCAGUGGCUCGCGAUGCUUCCAGGACAACGUCACGGAUAUCAAGGCGCAGACUGCGGCGAAUUAUUGUGGGAUUCGGCUGGUUAGGCAGUUGAUAAAAGAGUAUACGAUGGAUGUCGUUCAGAUGUACAUGCAGGCGAUUCAAGACUCCGCAGAGCUUGCGACUCGGAAUCUGUUCAAGAGUAUCGCGAAGAGGUUCAACAGUACCCAGGUUUCCGCGGUUGAUUAUAUGGAUGACGGGACUCCAAUUCAGCUGCAGGUCUCGAUCAAUGAGGAGAACGGUUCCUCUACAUUCGACUUUACAGGAACCGGUCCAGAAGUCUACGGGAACUGGAACGCCCCAAUGGCAAUAACAAACGCGGCCGUGAUCUUCGCGCUCCGGUGCAUGGUCUCAUCAGACAUCCCCCUCAACCACGGGUGCAUGGCGCCCAUAACGCUGAAGAUCCCACCAUCCUCCCUCCUAAGCCCCUCUCCCACCGCGGCCGUCUGCGCAGGCAACGUCCUCACCUCGCAGCGCCUGGUCGAUGUAAUCUUCAAGGCGUUCCGCGUGUGCGCCGCGUCCCAAGGGUGCAUGAACAACUUCACCUUCGGCAUCGACGGCGGCGACGAAAACAGCUUUGGAUACUACGAGACGAUCGCGGGCGGGAGUGGUGCGGGGCCGUCCUGGAAUGGGACGAGUGGAGUUCAUACGAACAUGACCAAUACGCGCAUUACGGAUCCCGAGUCGCUUGAGCGGCGGUAUCCUGUUGUCCUGAGGAAGUUUAUGUUUCGCGAGGGGAGUGCUGGGGAUGGUGAGUAUCGCGGCGGAGAAGGCGUUGUUCGGGAUGUCGAGUUCCGAGUGCCGAUGCAGGCGUCGAUUCUUUCUGAACGACGGAGUUUUGCGCCGUAUGGCAUGGCCGGUGGGCAGGACGGAGGACGGGGGAGGAAUAUUUGGGUCAGGGGGAAGGAGGGAAAGACUGUUAUGGUUGGGGGAAAGGGGUCUGUGCCCGUGGAUGCGGGCGACCGGAUGGUGAUUGAGACGCCGGGGGGUGGUGGGUAUGGGAGGGUAGGGGGUCAAAAGGGGGUUGAUGAGUCGGUGGCCAAAGCGUCAGACUUUGAGUUCCUGGGUGUCGCGUGUGGGAGUGUCGGAGUGGCGAGGGAGCUUGCGGAGCAGGUUUAG